AUGCGCCAGAGUGAGGGAAAGUCUCCAUGUGACCACAAGACUGGGCCCGUUCUGAGCCCCGCGCACAGCUGCUGGGAGAAGCAACUCUCUCACACUCACGCUCCUCCGCAGCUUCUCUGUGGAGCAUCUAGCAGCGCAGAGGAAGGAGGGGUGGUGGUGGUGGUGGUGGGUGUGAGGAGGGAGGGAGGGAGGGGGUCACCCUCUCGGUGUUCAGCAGGCUUCAUGGUUUUGAUCUCACCCCAUGCCAUGCAAGCCAGCAGGGCGUCCUCCACGCUCAGUGUGUUCGCGGACUGCAGCAUCCCGGCCGGCCUGCGGAUAGGUCCGGUACCGGGACUCUUCAAACUUGGGAAGUACACGUCAGACCGCAAAGAAGUGGGACUCAAGAAGAAGAUUCGCUUGGUUCGUGGGGAGUUCGUGGAUGAGUUGGGCUGUCCUGUGGCAGACUGGAUCGGCCUUAUUCGAGCAGCCAGGAGCAGCCAAGAACAAAACUUAGAAGCGGUGUCGGAGCUCCCCGGAGGCCAGAUUUUCUAUCGUGUGCUGAGAGACGUCUCCGCUGGAGAGGAACUGACUGUGUGGUACUCCAACGCUCUGGCACAGUGGUACGACAUCCCCACUACGGCUACACCCACGCACGACGAAAAAGGUGAGGAGCGUUACAUCUGCUGGUACUGCUGGAGAAUCUUCAAAUACCCAAACACGCUCAAGGCCCACGUCCACUUCCACUGCGCUCUCAGCAACGGGAGGGGCUUCAGCAGCGAGCAGCAGCAACAGGCCAGAGGCUCAGAGACUUUCAGCAAGUCUGGAGACAUCCCAAACACAACCACAUCCCCGCGUAACCACGGCGCCAUCAGCUCGGGCUCUGACUCCAACAGACGCUCGCUCGCCUCUUCCCCGUUCCUCACCGCAAAGGCAAAGAAACUCAACGCUGAAGAUCAAGACAGAGCUCUGGACAUGAGUGUGACAUCGGCCAGAAAUCACUCGGGCCAUCUGUUCGGUUUGGGGGCGUCAAUGUUGAGCAACAUGGGGUUCCAUCCGGGUGUGCGCUCCGCGUUUAAACCGACCGGUGUCUCCAAAGUGACCGAGGCGACGCGAGAGGACGUGAAACUGAGCGGCCUCGGACUAGAAGAGGCAUCAGCUUUUAAGCACGUGGAGAGCCGCUUACACUCCGGCCUGUCCCCCUCCAGAUACCCUCAAAUGCCCCCCGGAUUGCACUUUGAAAGGUUUUCGCUCUCACAGCUUGAUGGCGUAAAACCAUACCCGGGCGCAGACUGCAACAUCCCUCUCAUGCCGUUCACGGUGUACAACGGGGAACUUCUGUACAGCUCGCCCUAUUAUCCACUCAAGUUCCACUUCAGCAACCUGCUCAAGUAUCCAGAGAACAUGCCGUAUUUUGGCGCGCCCGCUUUGAACCAAGACCUGGGCUCCAUCACCAACAUAGACCGGGAGAUCGCAAUGCACACCCAGCAGCUGUCUGAAAUCGCAGCGGAGAAGAAUAGGACAAGACUUGACGCCAUGCCAAGCGCGAACACGAGCAACGCAACGCCCGGUAAGCCCAAAAAAGGCCACUUGUGUCUCUACUGCGGGAAGUUGUACUCUAGAAAAUACGGUCUGAAAAUCCAUAUGAGGACUCACACGGGAUACAAGCCGCUUAAGUGUAAAGUGUGCUUCAGGCCCUUCGGAGACCCCAGUAACCUGAACAAACACAUCCGCCUGCACGCAGAGGGCAACACGCCGUACAGGUGCGACUUCUGCGGGAAGGUGCUGGUGAGGAGGCGGGAUUUGGAGAGGCAUGUGAAGUCCAGGCACCCGGGCCAGAGCGUGAAGAAGCUGGAUGACAAACCAGGAGGCCUGUUCGAGGACGCGGAGCAGAAGAGCGACAACGACAGCGACGUUGACGUGUGCUUCACAGACGAUCAAAGCGACCAAGAGAUGAGUAAAAACACUGACUGA